ACUUUUUAUGUUGUGCUAGCACUGUCUGUCAUCCGUCAUUCAUUUGAUUUUUGAUUUGUCAUUUUAGUUUGAACUGUCAAAAUAAUUCAACUCAUUCUGAAGUUGUUUAAUGCAAAAUUAGCCGACAAAUCUUAUCAUAAAUCAUAUUCUUGAUAAUUAAUUAAUAUAUUUGUUGAGUAAUUAGCAACAAUUCAAAAUGUCGAUUCUAGCUUACAAUGGAGGUGCUAUGGUCGCAAUGAAGGGUGAGAACUGCGUAGCUAUAGCCGCCGAUCGUCGAUUCGGCAUCCAAGCUCAAACCGUAGCAACAAAUUUCGAAAAAGUAUUUGAAAUGGGCCCACAUCUAUUCGUCGGCCUUCCCGGUUUGGCUACAGACACCCAAACUGUCAUGGAAAAGUUACGAUUUCGUAAAAAUCUUUACGAACUCAAAGAAAACAGACGUAUUUCACCAAAAGUAUUUGCUGCAAUGAUUUCAAAUAUGUUAUACGAAAAGAGGUUUGGCCCCUUUUUCGUCGAACCGGUAGUUGCAGGAUUAAUGCCUGGAACUUUUGAGCCUUAUAUAUGCAAUAUGGAUCUUAUUGGUUGUAUUAAUCAACCUACUGAUUUUGUUGUUGGUGGUACUGCUUCCGCACAGUUGUAUGGUAUGUGUGAAGCUUUAUGGGAACCUAAUUUGGGACCUGACGAUUUGUUUGAGACUAUAUCGCAAGCGCUGAUGAAUGCUUUCGAUAGAGAUGCUAUUUCUGGUUGGGGAGCUACUGUUUAUAUAAUUGAAAAGGACAAGGUGACUGUUAAAAACUUGAAGACUCGUAUGGAUUAGAUAAUUUUUUUUACUUAUAUUAAUUUGGUAUUUAUAAGAUUGGAUUAAAAAUACAACCAUUUUAUAUUAAGA